AGAGAGGUUUUGGCCAUCGAUAAAAGGGGGGGAGAGGGAGAAAGAUGUAUAUAUAAAUCGUAGAUUUGGAAGAAGUAGAGGAAAAAAAUAGAAAUUGAGGGGUGGAGAGAAACGAUUCGGGAAGAACAAAGGCGUUGAUGAGGAGCGACUUGGGUGGGAAUUCCCGAUUGAGAUCUGGAGUCGAGCAAGUUGGAAUCCUCCGAUCUCGUUUCCGCUUGAAUACGGACGGGUGUUCGGCGGACGUCCGGCGUUUUCCCCGCGAUCUGAUGCGAGUUUGAGAUCACAUCGUGUUCUUGAAGUUGCUGAGUUUCUUCUUCCUAUGAGUCUUUGGGAUAUGGUGUUGCAAAAGAGAGUGGAUUGUGGAUCCAGUGGCUACCAGGCCCCUGUGAUGCCACAUUUUCCAAGAUCAGCUAAGGGGAAGCGUUCUGUAAGAAAGAAGGUUGAGGACAACCAGAUGUGUGCAUUCGAUUUGCUUGCAACUGUAGCAGGCAAUUUAUUAUCGGAAAGGGAGAAUUCUUUGACUCCAUGUAAUGAUACUGGAACAUCUAACACCGUUGCGGUUAAGGAUACUGUUAACCAAGAUCAAUUGGAUAAAGAGAAGCCAUGCAAACUUGAAGCUUUUGAUUGGUUAAGAUGUUCUGAAGAUUUAUCAGGUCCCGAAAAUGACCUCAAAAUGCAGAUCAAGCAUGACAUAAGGGAAAACACCUCAAAAGCAACAUCGUCUGAUCCUGCUUCUCUCUGUGUAAAGUCUGACAUAUCAGAUGAGGAUCCUAUCAGUGGAGAAUCUAAGUUCUUUGGUGCCAGUGGUAAAAUUGGACAUGCUGUCGAUACUGUUGCGGAAAGAUAUGCCAUGGGAAGGCCUUAUUCUAGUCCUGCAGGAUCACUCGAAUGCAAAGAAGAUGGGAGCAAGACACCGCAGCAAGCUGAACGACUAGUGGCUGGAAAUGCGGUAGAUGGAAAUGCUCCACAUACGUACAGUUUGAAUGAUGCUAUGGAUUUGGAUGGCAAAACUCCUGCUUUAGUUAGCUCUGACAGCAGUUUUGAAGUUCCCCUAUACAGGAAGAACACCCCUUGCAAUAGUUCCUUUCCCAAGCAGGAUGAGUGCAUGGAUCUCCCUAUAGAUAAAGAUGGUGAUGAAAAUUCUUCUGGAUGCACUCACCCUACUAUUGUUACUAACAAGGCCUCUAGGUUGCAGCGUAUAGGUGACCGUAGGAUAAGGAAGCUUUUAGCAUCAAAGUUCUGGAAAGUAUCUCCAACAAUGUUGCAGGAUGAUGUAGACCAGAAGCCUGCUUUACGAGGCAAGAGAAUGUGUUAUACACGCCAAAGAACGCAGAGGAGCUCCUUCAAGAGAAGGAAAUUAUUUUAUAACUGUUCAGUAUCAGCUUCUGAUGGGGGGAUUUACAGUGAAGGUGUGUCAAAUAUAUGUGAGAAGGGUAGGAUCAAGUUAGAAACAAAUGAUUUGCAUGCCACUUGGUUUGGAGCAAAUAGUGCACCGUCCUCCACAACAGGACAGAAGCCAUGCUGUGAAUUGCCAGACUACCAUGUGAAACUCAGCAUUAAGUCUUUCAAGGUGCCAGAACUCUUGAUCGAAAUUCCUGAGACUGCUACAGUUGGUUCCUUAAAGAGGACAGUUUCAGAGGCUGUGACUGCUAUCCUUGGAGGUGGACUGCGUAUCGGUGUUCUUCUUCAAGGAAAGAAGGUUAGACAUGACAACAAGACCUUGCGUCAGGCAGGGAUUUCCCAAGGUGACAAACUGGAUAACUUAGGCUUCACAUUGGAGCCAAAUCCUGGACAAGCCCCAGCACCGCUAACAGGUUCUGAAGACCCUCAUUUCCUUGGCCUUGGUUGUGCCCCUGAACCACUACCACUCGCUAGGAUACCACCGACUGCCCCUGCCACUACAGAUCAGCGGGUAUCUGAUGCUUCUCCGCAGCCUAUGACGACCUGCCCUGAGAGCGAUCACGAUUCAGUGUAUUCCCCAGCUGAUGCAUCAUCACCGGAGAAGACAACAGCAAACUCACUAGCUCUGGUUGCUGUCCCACCGACGAACGUCGAGGCACUGGCCAUGGUUCCACUCCGCAGCAAGCCCAAGCGGCCUGAGGCUGCUCAGCGCCGGGUCAGGAGGCCCUUCUCGGUGGCCGAAGUGGAAGCCCUGGUACAGGCAGUUGAGAAGCUUGGGACCGGAAGGUGGCGGGACGUUAAACUUUGCGCCUUUGAGAAUGCAAACCACCGUACUUACGUAGAUCUUAAGGACAAGUGGAAGACCUUGGUGCACACAGCCAGGAUCUCCCCACAGCAGAGGAGGGGAGAACCGGUACCUCAGGAGCUCUUGGACCGGGUGCUCGCAGCCCAUGCCUACUGGUCCCAGCAUCAAGCCAAGCUCCAGCUGAAACCACCACCUUCAGCUGAGAUCUGCCAGCUUCUCUAGCUCCACAAUCUAAAAGCCAAUUGACCCAUGUACAAAAUCCCAAAAACACACUCACAAAAGAAAGAACAAGGUAAAAGUAGUAGAUGAAACUGCAUAAUAAUUAAUAUUCACUCACACCAUUAUUCUUGAAGCCAGGGGGUUCUUCUCCUUGUGAAGUAACAAGGGAAGGAGCUCUCAUUGGCGCUUGUACAUGACGACUGAUGAUGAUCCAGGGAACAAUUGGGCAUGGGUGGUAAGAAAAAAAAAAAAAAGGAAUAAGGCAGCUGCCACUAACAGGAUUUGUUCAUCUAGUGCACAUCCACAGGCUGACUGCAACCAGUGACCUCUCAUUCUUUUAACUCAUUCUUUGUUGGGGGAAUAGGAGAUGUCAAGAAUGCAUUAGCCGCAUUAAUCAGGUCAUCCUGUUGCUUUUCUUUUCAUGUUGUAAUAUUUACUGAAUUCAUUCUCUCUCAAACAUUUAUUUGAUGUAACAUUUAAUCCAGAUGUUCCUGCAGUACAAGCCAUUCAAUUCA